UAAUAAUCUUCUAACUUUGUAUUUCAAAUCUCCUAUAUUCAAAAUGACUACAAAAAAUUGGCCUAUAGGCCAAUGGACAACAGAUCUCUUUGAUUGUUGGGAUGAUCCUUCUCUUUGUGUGAAGACUUGCUUUUGUCCAUGUGUUACCAUUGGAGAGGUCGUUGAGAUACUUGAUCAAGGCACUACAUCUAAAGGACAUGCUUGUCUUGUUGCUUAUGCUAUGGGUUCCAUUCAUUGUGGAUGGAUUUAUGGGAGAAGAUAUCGAAGAAAAUUGCGUGAAAUAUUUAAAUUACCAGAGAGUCCAUAUUCAGACACUUUAAUUAGUUGUUGUUGUUGUGUUUGUGGUAUUUCUCAACAAUAUAGGGAACUCAAAAAUCGCGGAGCAGAUCCAUCUAUAGGGUGGGAAGGCAAUGUUAUGAAAUGGAAACGAGAAGGGGUUACAGUGCCACCAAUUCCUACAUCUUCCAUGACUCGUUAAUUAAUUAAUUAAUUAAUUAAUCUCAUCUGUGAUGUAAUUAAUAUUUAAUACGGUGUGAUUAUUUUUUGUGCCAUGAAGGUUUUUUGUAUAAAAAUAAAAUAAAAUUAUAUGUACUAUCUAUUGGAGAGAGAGUGUGUAGAAAUGGGGGGAUGUAAAAAUAAUUGUUUGAUUGUGUUUGUCAUAGUGUGGAUACUUGCUUAGCUAUGUAUUUGUCACAUUAAAUACUAAUAAAAAGUUGUUUGUUGAA